AUGGGGCUCCUACCCGAGCCCGGCGCGCGCCAGGGCAGCGGCGCCUCUGCGGGCCGAGCCGGCCGCUGUCCCCGCUCUAUCUUCAGCAACGUUAAGGUGUUCGUGCUGUGCCAUGGCCUGCUGCAGCUUUGCCAGCUCCUGUACAGCGCCUACUUCAAGAGCAGCCUCACCACCAUCGAGAAGCGCUUUGGCCUCUCCAGUUCUUCCUCAGGUCUCAUUUCCAGCUUGAAUGAGAUCAGCAAUGCCAUCCUCAUCAUCUUUGUCAGCUACUUUGGCAGCCGGGUGCACCGUCCGCGGCUGAUCGGCAUGGGGGGUCUCCUCCUGGCUUCGGGUGCCUUUGUCCUCACCCUCCCACACUUCCUCUCAGAACCUUACCAAUACACCGUGACCAGCAUGGGGAACAGCAGCCACCUGCAGACUGAGCUCUGUCAGAAACACUGGCAGGGCCUGCCCCCCAGCAAGUGCCACAGCAGCGCCCAGGACUCCCGGAAGGAGACCAGCAGCGUGUGGGGUCUGAUGGUGGUGGCCCAGCUGCUGGCAGGCAUCGGCACGGUGCCCAUCCAGCCGUUCGGGAUCUCCUACGUGGACGACUUCUCGGAGCCCAACAACUCGCCCCUGUACAUCUCCAUCUUAUUUGCCAUCUCUGUAUUCGGACCGGCUUUCGGGUACCUGCUGGGCUCGGUCAUGCUGCAGAUCUUUGUGGACUACGGCAGAGUGGACACAGCUGCAGUUAACUUGAGCCCCGGAGACCCCCGAUGGAUAGGAGCCUGGUGGCUGGGCCUGCUCAUUUCCUCAGCCUGCCUGGUUGUUACCUCUUUCCCCUUUUUUUUCUUUCCUCGAGCAAUGCCCAGAGGAAUGGAGAGGACUCCCACCACAGCGGACGAGGCCAGGAAGAUGGAAGAGGCCAAGUCAAGAAGCUCCCUGGUGGAUUUCAUUAAACGGUUCCCCCGCAUCUUCCUGAGGCUCCUGAUGAACCCGCUAUUCAUGCUGGUGGUCCUGGCCCAGUGCACCUUCUCCUCCGUCAUUGCCGGCCUCUCCACCUUCCUCAACAAGUUCCUGGAGAAGCAGUACGGCGCCUCCGCGGCCUAUGCCAACUUCCUCAUCGGUGCUGUGAACCUCCCUGCUGCGGCCUUGGGGAUGCUGUUUGGAGGAAUCCUCAUGAAGCGUUUUGUUUUCUCUCUGCAAACCAUUCCCCGCGUGGCUGCCACCGUCAUCACCAUCUCCAUGAUCCUCUGUGCCCCUCUUUUCUUCAUGGGCUGCUCCACCCCAGUCGUGGCAGAGGUCAACCCCCGCAGCACAUCAAGUUCUAUACAUCCACAGCCUCCCGCCUGCCGCAGGGACUGCUCGUGCCCAGAUUCCGUCUUCCACCCGGUCUGUGGAGACGAUGGGGUUGAGUACCUCUCCCCUUGCCAUGCUGGUUGCAGUGAAAUCAACGUCAGCUCUAUAGUCUCCAAGCAACCGACCUACUCGAACUGCAGCUGCGUGAGAGGAGGAUCCGCUUCAGCAAAGACGGGCCCGUGCCCCAUCCCCUGCGCCCACUUCCUGCUCCCAGCCAUCUUCCUCAUCUCCUUUGUGGCGCUCAUAGCCUGCACCUCCCACAACCCUCUCUACAUGAUGGUGCUGCGCGUGGUGAACCAGGAGGAAAAGUCGUUUGCCAUCGGAGUACAGUUCUUGCUGAUGCGUCUGCUGGCCUGGCUGCCGUCUCCAGCCCUCUACGGCCUCACCAUCGACUACUCCUGCAUCCGCUGGGGCGCGCACUGCUCUGGAAGGCGAGGGGCCUGCAUCUACUACGACAACGACGCUCUCCGAGACAGGUACCUGGGCCUGCAGGUGGGCUACAAGGCUCUGGGCACGCUGCUGCUCCUGUACAUCAGCUGGCGGGUGAAGAAAAACCAGGAGUACAACGUGCAGGAGAAGGCCGCCAGCCUCAUCUGACAGGCGACCUCGGCCGCCGCCCUGCUCGCGAGGGCGGACCCUGCCCCGCAGCUGCCCACAUUUACUCACGUUCACACGGCAUCUCCUUCUCCUUUCUUAAA